AUGGUGCGCCCACGAGGUCGGUCACAAUUGGGGGUGGACAUUCGCGGUGACACCAGUGCGCCUGCAAUGUCCACCAUGAACGAGAUCAGCCCAAUUGAACCCACUUUUCCAAAUAUGAGCAAGGUUGGUCUCAGCGAUGAAUGCCCCUCCUCCUCCUCCUCCUCCCCAGCCUGUUUCUCUCUCGACUUUCAUUUAGAGGGCGCUCGAGACAGGGGCGGACAAUUGGAGUCUCGCACGGCGGACAAAGCCUCCAGCAAGACGCCAUCGAAGAAACGUCGCAAUCGCUCCCUCCUUCAUCGAUUUGCCGACACCUGUCUCCGGUAUACAUGGCUACUCCCCCUGAUCCUGACGCUUUUCCUGCUGUCGCUGUACGCGGUGAACCCGACGCCAUCCAAUCCCAUGCAUAGCGCCAUCUUCCUGUCCUAUCCGCAACCCCCCAAGACCCCCGGCGGGCCGAUCAUGUACGGCAAGGGCAAGAAGGAUAUUGCCUUUGUGGCCUUUUACACCAUUGUGUUGUCAUUCACGCGCGAAUUCAUCAUGCAGCAAAUGAUCCGUCCGUUGGCAGUCUGGUGCGGGAUUCGAGGCAAGGGUAAGACCGCUCGCUUCAUGGAGCAGGUCUACACGGCAAUCUACUUUGGAAUCUUUGGCCCUCUUGGACUGUACGUGAUGAGUCGGUCAAACAUCUGGUACUUCAACACAACUGCCAUGUUCGAAGGGUUCCCGCACCGGGAACACGAGGGCGUGUUCAAGGCGUACUAUCUGCUCGAGGCGAGUUAUUGGGCCCAGCAGGCCAUUGUGCUCUUGUUGCAAUUGGAGAAGCCUCGUAAGGAUUUCAAGGAAUUGGUCGGCCACCACAUCAUUACCUUGGCGUUGAUCGCGCUAAGUUAUCGCUUCCACUUUACUUACAUGGGCUUGGCUGUGUACAUUACCCAUGAUAUCUCGGACUUUUUCCUUGCGACAUCGAAGACUCUCAACUACCUAGACUCGAUCAUUGUCGCACCUUACUUUGGCAUGUUUGUGGGUGUGUGGAUCUACUUGCGUCAUGUCCUGAACCUGAAGAUUCUGUGGGCUGUUCUGACCGAAUUCCGCACCGUCGGUCCGUUUGAGCUCAAUUGGGAGACUCAACAGUACAAGUGCUGGAUCAGUCAAUACAUCACCUUCGCUCUGCUGGCCAGUUUGCAAGCUGUGAAUUUGUUCUGGCUGUUUUUGAUCCUGCGCAUCCUGGCCAAUUACAUCUUCAACAGCGUCGCCAAAGAUGAGCGAUCGGAUGAUGAGGAGUCAGAAGAGGAGAUGGUGAACGAAGCCGAGUCCAAGGCAACAUUGGCCUCGGGCAUCGAGAAGGAGAACAUCGCCCCGCAGGUGCAAGUCAAUGGCGAGCCCGUGAUUGAAUCGACUGGUCCUCGUACAAGGAGUCGCAAGGCGUAA